CGGCGGUUGGUUGAGAGUCCGCGCGGCGGAGAAGGAACAACAGAGCUGACAGCAGCACGCGACUCCAGUCACGUCAAGGAGAAGAUGGAGCAGCACACAGGCGCCGCGGAGUUCAACAUCUUGUUAGCUACUGACUCCUACAAGGUCACACAUUACAAACAGUAUCCACCAAACACCACCAAGGUGUACUCUUACUUUGAGUGCCGCGAGAAGAAGACAGACCCUACCAAGCUCAGAAAAGUCAAAUACGACAAAACGGUCUUCUAUGGGCUUCAGUACAUUCUCCACAGAUAUUUAAAAGGACAGGUCGUCACACGAGAGAAGAUUCAGGAAGCAAAAGAGGUGUACCGGGAACACUUUCAGGAUGAUGUGUUCAAUGAAAAAGGAUGGAAUUACAUUUUGGAGAAAUACAACGGUCACCUGCCCAUCGAGAUCAAGGCUGUGCCGGAGGGAAGCGUUAUCCCGCGUGGGAAUGUGCUGUUCACCGUAGAAAGCACAGAUCCAGAGUGUUACUGGCUCACUAACUGGGUAGAGACUAUCCUGGUUCAGAUCUGGUAUCCCAUCACCGUCGCGACAAACUCGCGAGAACAGAAGAAGAUCCUGGCCAAAUAUCUCAUGGAAACGUCAGGGAGCCUGGAAGGACUGGAGUAUAAAUUGCAUGACUUUGGCUACAGAGGGGUUUCAUCUCAAGAGACGGCUGGAAUCGGCGCAUCUGCACACUUGGUAAACUUCAAAGGAACAGACACCGUGGCCGGGAUCUGUGCUAUCAAGAAGUACUACGGCACCAAAGACCCGGUUCCUGGUUUCUCCGUUCCAGCUGCAGAACACAGCACAAUCACUGCCUGGGGAAAGGACCAUGAGAAGGAUGCUUUUGAACACAUCAUCAAGCAGUUCCCGUCUGUCCCCGUGUCUAUCGUCAGCGACAGCUACGACAUCUACAACGCCUGCGAGAAGAUCUGGGGUGAGGACCUGAGGGGUCUGAUCGAGAAGAGGAGCGCAGACGCCCCACUGGUGGUCCGACCGGAUUCGGGAAACCCUCUAGACACAGUGCUAAAGGUCCUAGAAAUUUUAGGAAAGAAGUUUCCUCUGGUUGAGAACUCUAAAGGCUAUAAGGUGCUUCCGCCCUACAUCCGAGUCAUUCAGGGCGACGGUGUGGACAUCAAUACUUUACAGGAGAUUGUGGAGGGCAUGAAAGAGCACAGAUGGAGCAUCGAGAACAUCGCGUUUGGCUCAGGAGGAGCACUGCUGCAGAAACUGACCCGAGAUCUGCUCAACUGCUCUUUUAAGUGCAGUUAUGUGGUGACGAACGGACUGGGCGUCAACGUCUUCAAAGACCCUGUUGCAGACCCCAACAAAAGGUCAAAGAAGGGUCGGCUUUCUCUUCACAGGACGCCGAGUGGAGAUUUUGUUACUCUGGAAGAGGGGAAGGGUGAUCUGGAGGAAUAUGGAGAGGACUUGCUGCACACUGUGUUCAGAAACGGGAAGAUUGUGAAGACGUACUCCUUCGAUGAGGUCAGAGACAAUGGCAAGCUGAAGGAGAGCGAACUGGAGGAUCUUCUGCUGUGAGAUCGUCUCCCAUCAGCCCUCUCUCUCACAGUUACCCCACGCUCAGUGUACAGAGCUGUUCUAUGUUUCUGUCAACUGACUCCACUAUGCUUCAGUGUCUCUUUCUAACGGCGGAUGAGAGCACUUAUCAUGCUAUUUAAAUCAUUUAACUGUGUAUUUGACCAAGUGUGCUACUGAUCACACGUCUUUGCAGGAAUGGAGACGUUUAUGUGUGCGUAUACCGCGAGAAGAUUUGCUUUGCUUGACUUUAGGACUGAAAGGUAAUAGUUCCGUGUUUGUUGAAUGUGAAUGUUGUGUGUAGGGUUUAUCACUUUAUCCAAGGAUUGAUUUAUUCCUUUAUGCAAAGGAGACGGCAGAACUAGAGGCACACUUCAUUCUCUUUCAUCGGCCUUGUGUUUAUUUUAUGUCAUAUCUGGUUUUAUUUGAAAGAUGAAACAUAAAAGAGCAUGUUUAGGUCGCAUUUCACCCUAAAAUCAAGAGGAAAAAAUAAGAAACUUAAUUUUGCAUGAAGUAAUUAGCAUUUUUGCAUUAUUUCCAUGACAUUUAAGCAUAUUUUACCAACAAUUCCCAUUACUAUAUACUGUGUCCAGAUACUGUGUAUUUUUUUUUUACUGUAAUUCUUACAAUUUUCAAUGGUGAUUCUCAGUAAUCAUUCUUUGGAAAUGUUAAACGUUGUUCCUGUUAUGCAUUAUUUUUUUUAUUUUAUUUUAAAAUUAGCAUAAAUUAAAGUCUGUACAGCACACAUGCUCUAUAAAUACUGUAUUUAGAAAAAGAUUUACACACCGUAUUUUUGAGUAUUUCAGUAAAAUGAUUACAUAAGGAUAUAUAUAAACUUUCUGUAUGCAAAAUAUAUAAUCUUAUUUCUUUCUUUUGAUUUUUGGGUUGAAAUAUGAUCUGGACUUGUUCUUGACAGGAUUCAUCCAAAUAUAAUACACCUUUUCCUUUCUGCAGAGACCAUUAUCCUUAUUUUGCCAACUUGUUAAAUGCUACAUCAAGAUAUACAAUGUAAAGCUGACAUAUUUAAGUCAACAACAAAAAAAAGUUUUUGAUUUUUUUUUAAUUAAUAUUACUCACUACGACUCUUUAUUUGAAAACACCAGUUUUAUUAUACAGCAGGAAUCAUUUUAGAAAAGCUUGGUUUUACUAUUUUCUAUACUUACUGUUUCAAACUACAGAAUCAUUCUUUAUUAUGACAGAGUUGCUGAAGUUAAUAUCUACAGUCAGAAUAAUGUGGCCAAACUGCCUCCUCUCUCGUAUAUAUCGGCGUGUGUGUUUGUUUU